AUGUCGGACUUUUUCAAAGUCGUUUAUAUCAAAGAACUGAAGGAAGUAGAGCCCAUGCCCUGUCGUUGGGAAGACAAAAAGAUAUUGCACUGGCCUGCCUCAAAAAAGGCCUGGAUUAAAUAUACCUGUGAGGUUAAACAAAGUAAUAUAAUGCUGUUCAAUCAUGCCUUAUCAGCAGCCGACGGUAUCUGCGAAAACUCUUUUACUGAGGAAGAACGCGAUGAAUUGAAACAAUUGAUUGACCUUAAAUUUUCCGUAAUUGCUAUUAAGCUUGACCAUAUUGAUGAAAGGCUGGGAGUAUGUGGAUUGCCACCUGAAAAAGAUCAUGAUACAAAUAUAUUAUUUCCAUUAAAUGAUAUCCAUAAGGUGCAGGAACUCGAACAGAAACUGAAUAUAGCCGAAUUCAAAGCCAAAAUAUUUGGCCACUUUCGACGAGUAAAUGAAACAGGGUUGUUUUGGAAAUCAGCAUGCUACAAACUCUGUGGAUUCCUAUUCACCAAGUCCUUGUUAACAAAUUACUCGUGGACAGGUUUAAGUAGGACAAGUGCAGUCAAAGGACCUUUCAAUAAAUAUGGCAAUAUUUUAGACUUAUUCUAUAAAGUAGUGCACUAUUCUGACAAUUCGUUCAAUUAUUCCCAAAGAGAUUUGUUGUUCCGUGAUGGGGUACUUAAACAUGGUAUCACAAGACUUAAUGGAUCAAAUAAGAAGAAAACGCUUUUAUAA